AUGGUCGAGGCGUGCUUCCUGUGCUUGGACUCCACGGAGUACAUGCGCAAUGGGGAUCAGUACCCCACUCGCAUGAUGGCGGAGCAGGAUGCGGCCUGCCUGCUGGCGAAUGCGAAGCUGCAAGCGAACGCCGAAAACACGCUUGGCUUCCUCACAACAGGGGGGAAUGCGUGUACAGUGUACGAAACUCUCACAAACAAUGUGGACGCUAUCAUGACCUCGAUCGGCAGCAUCCCCAUCAACGGUAAGCGCUGCAACUUCAGCUCUGGUCUGCAAAUCGCGUCGUUGGCUCUCAGUCACCGCACCAACUCCCGCGCUGAAAAGCGCAUUGUCGCCUUCGUUGGCAGCCCGAUCGGGGAGACGGCAGCGGAGUUGGAGGCGCUGGCGAAAAAGCUGCGUAAAGAUGACGUCGCCGUGGACGUGGUGACAUUCGGCGUGGAGUCGAACGUGGAGCUGCUGCAGGCCUUUGUGAAGAAGGUAUCCAAGAAGGAGAACUCGCGCUUCCUGGCGGUGACUGCGCGCGAGAACCUGACAGACAAACUGAUGAGCAACGCCAUUCUCCUCGGCGAGGACCUUCCCGAGGGAGCCGAGGGCGGUGGCGCCAGCAUGAGCGGCUUUGGUGUGGACCCCAACAUGGAUCCGGAGCUAGCCAUGGCUCUCCGCCUCUCCAUGGAGGACGAGAUGCAGCGCCAGGCGGCAGCGGCCGCUGCUGCGGCUUCAUCUGCAGCCCCUGAAAGCACACCGGCUUCUGGCAGCGCUGCCACUCCUGCUGCUCCCCCAGCUCCAGCAGCGGCGCCGGUGGUGGACGAGGAUGAGCUGAGCUACGAGAACAUGUCAGAGGAGGAGAUGAUGCGGCGGGCCAUCGCCCUCUCACUGCAGGAUACCGCGCAGGGCGCGUCGGAAACGGUGUCCCAGCCAUCGGCGCCGCAGCCUGCCACUACCUCGGAAGCGUGCAGGAAUGAGGAGGAGAACGAGGACGACUUUGCGAAAGGCGUCGAGGACGCCUUGGAGAAGGAGGAUGAGGAGAAGCGCUCGUGA